GAAAAUGUACAACAAAAAUAAAUCUAAAAUUCCCAAAGGUGGUGGAUUCAUUGCCAACAAAUAAUUUACCUCCCAUUAAUAUCCUUCCCAAAAUGAAAACAUUUACUACUCCAAAAUUUUAACUAGCAUUGAACACACCAUACCUAUCCAGUUUUACUUAAAAUGGUGACUUCUUUAUAUGAUUAGACACAUCUAUAUAUAUAUACAUAUAUUUUUUUCUUCUAUAGAAAAUAUUUUUUUCUAAAAAAUGUGAAUAAAAGUCAAUGCAUGCUGGCAUGUAAUUCAAAUUCUUCAUCAUCAUCAAUAUCAUAUCAAAUUAAGACAAUAUUAACAAACAUGUAAAUAUAUUUUCCUCAAAAUAGGGUUGGCAUCAUGCAUGCAUCUCCUCACUUUUACACAUAAAUUUGUAUAUAAAUAGUUCAAUAGAUGUGUUUCAAUCUCUUGCAUCUUCAUUUAUAAAUACAUAUAAAGAUAUAUAUACAGAAAAUGAUAGGUGGGUUUAGCAUGAGAAAGGAUUUCAUGCAUGUUUCAAAACCCCAAAAAUGUUCCCUUUGUAACCGGAUCUUCUUAACACCUCAGGAUCUAAUCUCACACUGCAACACUUUUCACUCCAAUCAUCAUUUCCCCACCUUCUCUUCCUCUGCGGCCGCCGCACCCACCAUCUUCCGCCACCACUACCCGAACCCUAAUCAUGCUAUGUCGGGGAGGAAUGGUUUCUACUUGAAUUAUUACCGUAGUGGUCAUAUAGAUGAACAAGGGAUGUUUCUUAAAGGAUGUCCGGCUAACACUCCGGCCAACAAUUCUAACUUUUUGUUUGGCCAGCAGGAGAAGCCGAAGCUGAUUAAUUUUUUUCCGGCGAUGGCAUCGGAAAGUUCUCGUACGCUUCCGCUUCUUUGCCAGCUGGAGCAACGGAGACCGUCGCAAGAUACUGCAACCGAGAGUGGUUCCAUCGACUUGACAUUGAGGCUGUGACUCUUCGACAUAAAACAAGCAAAGUAUGAUUCUCAGUGGAGAAGUUAGGGCUCUUGGAGAGCGCAUUUUUGUUUUGUUGUUUCUUUGUCUUAUUUUGUUUUAUUGUCGUUGUCGGAAUGAUAAGUAUACUAUAUGUAUUUCUUUGGAAUAAUAAUAAUAAGUUUUAUUGUUGUUGUUGGAAUGAUUAAUAUACUAUACAUUGAAAAAGGUUUUAUGAAUAAUAAUGUGAUCAUGUAUCAACAUAACGUACCAAUCACUCAGUCAUCGACUUAAUAUCACAACUUUAUUCUAGUCUCCAUAGAUUCAAGUAUAACUAUUUAUCAAGUCUCCAUAUACAUUCACAAGUCAUUUCCUCGAUUCACAACCUCCAUAUACAUUCACAAAUCGAUAUGGUAUUGAACCAUUUUUCCAAUUUUUAAACCAAACAUCAAUAAAGUCAUCAAAUUCUUAAUUGACCAAAACAAAAUCCUAACUCUACGUUGCCUCCAUUAAAAUAGAAAGAAAUCUAUUUAUAAAUAUAUAUAUAAACAUGCAGUAAAAAUAAAAUCCUUGAAAAAGAUAAAUUUGCAUCUUUUUGGGUAAAUACAAUCCAGUGCUCUCCCUCAUCCUCUCAACCAAGAGCUUGUCUGAAACCUAAUUUCGAGUCUCUCUAGAUCUCGCCCUCUUUCCAAUUCCCUGUUAAGAGAAAAAAAAUAAAACUCAAUGCGAUGAAGGGCUUGGCGCAUUCACAGAGUUGCAGCAUCUGAAUUUCUAACAUAAAACCAUCCCUCCCGAGAUGAGCACGUCCGUGAAAGGCUUUCUUAAAGGCCUUCGCCACAUUACUCAGAUUUUCGAUGAAGGUAAAGACCAUGAUAUCCAGAUCGGGUUUCCCACCGAUGUAAAGCAUGUCGCCCACAUAGGAUCCGAUGGUCCCGCAUCAAAUGCACCAAGCUGGAUGAAUGACUUCAACCCUCAAGGAAAUGAGAAUGGUCAAGUAGUUUCUCGAAGAGAUGCCAACAACAAUCCAGUAGGAGAAGGAGUUGGACUACAAGAGUUGUUGCCUCCACCUGAUAAACCAAAGCACAAGAAGACAAGGCGUAAAUCCGAGUCACAAAACGGUUCUCCUCCGAGGCGAAACAGCAACGUGUUACCAUCGGAAAUGGUACCAAGACCCUCGAGACGUCACCACAGGAGUAGGCACGCGUCGUUGGAUUCGUCGAAUGAUCCAUCGCUCAGGAGGAGGCGUGUUGUUGUCUCGGUUAACGACGAGGAAGGUUCUAAUCAACUUUCAGACAGUUCUUCUGCUUCUCAUAGGAAGUCUUCGUCGCGUCAUAGGAAGGUGAAAGGGUCAGGAGGAGGAGAGGUGUCCAUGAAGAAGACCAAAGCUAAACCGGAGAAAUCAACCGUUCAAUCAGACGGUACAUGUAAUGAUAAUAAUACUGGCGACAAAGACUAAAACUGGUUUUGGUCGGUCACAUGCGGCUGUAAUUAUUUUCGUAUUUCUUGACUGUUCCUUAGAGAAAAACAUAAUGAUUCUACUGAAGAAAGAUCAAAGCUAGGAAAAUAAACGCAGUUUUAAUUUUUCUUAGUAGUUUGGCGCUGUUAGAGAUACACUAAUUAACAUUAUGGAUACAAUUGUAGCAUAUCCAACUAUUGAGGAGGACAUAUUAUGAUAAGAAAAUACAUAAGAGACUAGUAGUGAAUCGAGUAAGACAAAACAAAAUGGUAAUGUACCAACAACCUCGCCUCUAUUACACUCCUUCAAAAAUUUAAAUUACCGUUUCAGACACAACAGGAACUUUAAACAAUCUUUGACUAAAAAGUUGUUGGGAUCCACUAUUAAGUGGAAACCCUCCAAAAAUAGGCGUAUGCCACUUAAGCGUGGAGAGCACACGGUAUUC